CUAAAUCCAUGAACGCCUUUUUUUUUAGAUAAUUUUCAUGAGGGUAGCAAUUAAAAAAUACCCACAUAAUUGUCACUUUCUCCUGUGAAUAAUAACUGGGAAAUUUUUCAGUCUGAGAGUCGAAACGAUGAAAGAUUCAACAGUAUUUAAUUCGACCGCGAACAGUAUGCCCGAAAAUAUGGUGGAAACUCAAGGGCGUACUUUAGGCCCUUUGAUGGGACUGUUUUUGGUGAAUUUAUUUGCAAAAGUUGUGGCGGCUAAAUACGAGUCUUAUUUCCCGUUUCAUCUGACUUACGAUCCAAGUCCGUGGUUGCCCUCUUAUAAACCUUUAGCAAACUACAACUAUCACUCUUAUAAUCCUCAUUGGUACCCGGUCAAAAAUCCCUCCUAUCAGACUUACCCUACCUUAACAACAGCUGCUCCCUUUGUAAGUAGUGAGCAAUUACUGGCAGGGUAUGAUAAUGACUAUCGAGACGAUUAUACUUAUCCGACCCAAGAUCCUAAUAAUUACGAAAAUUUAAUCCCUGCUGAAUCUAACAACGUGCAUAAGCAAUCUAAAGAAACAACAACUGUUGUUCCGGAGAUAAGUACAACGACUGUUACGACUGAAGAACCAGAAACUGCAGAAUCUAAUCGUAAAACGAACAGAAAACCGACUCAAAGAAGCAGAAGAAGAGGUCCAACAAGACGUAACAAAUAUCCGCAAAGACGUCGCAGAACAACAACACCACCUCCUGAAUAUUACGACAGUUACGAGGACUAUACUGAACGGUACCAACCGAACAGGAGACGACGGCCACAAGUAAACAGACAUUCUUCUGAACAGUACUAUGAUGACGAAUAUUACGAUUCGUUUGAAACAACAACCAGGUUUUUCAAUAAGCGGAGACGUCCCACAAGACGAGUAACCAAAGUACCAACACGAAACGAAGUCUCAGUGGAAAUUGAAACAAGCACUGAAAAAUUUAACCCAAACACUGAAAUUGUAAUAGUCAGACAAGCCGCCACAACGACUACUACUACCAGUACCACCACAACCGAACCAUCCACAAUUAUUACCAAUUCUACGAUGCCUUCGCCAACGACUGAGGCCACCAAUACGACUUACGGCUAUGGCCCAUCGAAUGGCAACACCGACCAAGUGUCAUUUACUUACGGCCCUCCCAUUGGACCCAACAAGUACCAAUACCAAGUGCCUUUCUUCGACUGGUAUACGCACGAAGCAACGAAAAACGCAAUUGUGAAACGAGUCCGUGACAUUGUUAACACAACGUAAAAAUAUUUAUUGGUUGAAAAUCUGGUGUAGGGUGUUUGUACAAUAAACCUUUUUGUUUAUCA